AUGGCAUCGACACCAAUCAGUGUUAAGAUACUGAUGUUAAUUGGUCAAUUAGUAUUGGCAUGUAUUUAUGGUACAUUGGGAACUAUCAUGACUUGUCUUCUUUUUCUUCGACUCGGACCAAGAAAGUUUUUUAGACGAGUUGAACGGCCCACACCACCAGCACAAGCAAUUGAUCCUGUUUAUGGAGAACAUGCAAUAAUUAAAUUAAAAUCAUCUAAUAUCGCUCUUCAUUAUGUUUCAAAAGGUUCAUCAGAUCAACCAUUAAUGUUAUUUGUUCAUGGUUUUCCUGAAUGUUGGUAUGCUUGGCGAUAUCAAAUGAAAUAUUUUUCAAAAAAAUAUCGAGUUGUCGCUAUUGAUCAACGUGGAUAUGGUCUUAGUUCAAAACCGUCUAAUGUUGGAGAUUAUAAAGUUGAAAUAUUAGUUCGUGAUAUUGUUGAUAUUAUUGAACAACUUAGUGAGAUUGAUAAAUUUAGUAUUCUUGAUAUUGGUUUGUUUUUCUUUUGGUUGAUAUUUUUAGAUUAUAAAUCAUGUGUUCUGGUUGGUCAUGACUGGGGAGCUGUAGUGUCAUGGGCUUGUGCAAUGCUUUAUCCUAAUUUAAUCGACAAAUUGAUUAUAAUGAAUGUUCCACAUCCAGCUGCUUAUCGCGAUAAUAUAUCAUUAAAACAACUUCGUCGAUCAUGGUAUAUGUUCUUUUAUCAAAUACCAUUUAUUCCUGAAUUAUUAUUCGCAUCGGAUGAUUUUGCAACUUUUAAACGAAUUUUUUAUACAAAACCAAUGGGUUUGAUUAAUAAACAUAACAUGACAGCAGAUGAUUUUGAAGUUUAUCUGUAUACAUUUUCUCAAAAAGGAACACCAACAGCGGCAAUAAAUUAUUAUCGUGCUUUAUUCAGACAUCAAAGAGAUGAUUUACAAGCACAAAUAACUGUACCAGUUUUAAUUGUAUGGGGUUGUCAAGAUGCAGCACUAGGUGAAGAACUUGCUGAUGCAAGCCAAAACUAUUGUUCUAAUGUUCAAUUAAAGAAAAUUCAAAAUGCAUCACAUUGGGUAAACCAAGAUGUACCAGAUGAAGUUAAUCAAUAUAUGGAAGCUUUCCUCAAUGAAAAGUCGACCAUGAAACACACAACCAAUUAA